AUGGCUGAGCUCCAGGAGUGGAACGUGACAGAGACUUGGCUAGACCUCCACUGCGCCCUUGGCGAGGGCCCAUUCUACGACAAGGCUUCGGGCAUAGUGAGGUUUGUCGACAUCAAGCAGAAGCGGGUACACCUCGUCUCGCUCGCAGAGGGGCCACCGUCUCUAAGGACAAUUCAGCUGGAUGUACCCGUAGGCGUUACGUGCAAUAUCGCUGGAGUUGAUCCACGCCAGCGCAUCCUUAUUGGUGUGAAGACGGGCAUCGCCAUACUGGAUCUAGAGACCGAAUCGUAUGAGAUGAUCAGCAGCUUCAGUGAGCCUCCGAAUGACCGCCUCCGAGGCAAUGACGGAGGCGCAGAUCCCCAUGGACGUUUCUGGUUUGGCAAUAUGACAGACUUUCCGAGUGGUGAUUGCCAGCCUGAAGGUUCCUUGUACCGCUUUGAUGAGAAGAAGAGUCCAGAAGUGUUUCUGACGGGCUUGACCAUCCCAAAUGGCGUUGGUUGGUCGCCUGAUAAGAAGACCAUGUACUUUACGCAUUCGUCAGAGGGCAAGGUGUACGCUUUCGACUACGACCUGGAAACCGGAGACGUAUCGAACAAGCGUAUCCUGUAUGAUCACCUCGGUUCUGCUGAUCCCGAUGGCUUCAGAGUCGACGCCCAAGGCAACAUCUGGCAUGCUGUGUAUGGUGAAGGGCGUGUCCUGAAGAUCAGCCCUCAGGGGAAGCUUGUGGGCCAGGUUAUCCUCCCCACGCGCAACAUUACAUGUGUUCAAUUCGCAGGAACCGAGCUCGUCAUCACUACGGCCUCGGACGACUCAGGAGAUGACCAGAAGAGCAAGACGUACGGUGGCGCUGUUUUCAAGGUUGAUGUCAACGUGGAAGGCUUGGACCUCUUUGAUUUCAAGCUCUAG